UGAGUGCUCUCUGAGCAAAGCCCUCAGUGAAACUCUAAGGCUCUGCCCAGGAAACCAGUCUUGUUGUGAAUGUGAUACACUCUCCAGUUUCCAUAUGCUGAGAUUAUACUUCUUCAUCAGUUUGAUGUGCUUGGUCAAAUCAGACACAGAUGAAACAUGUCCUUCAUUCACCAGACUGAGCUUUCACAGUGCAGUGGUUGGUACAGGACUAAAUGUGAAGUUGAUGCUCUACACAAGAAGAAACCGGACCUGUGCACAAGUCAUCAACUCCACAGUUUUGGGGAACUUGAACGUGACCAAGAAAACCACCUUCAUUAUCCAUGGAUUCAGGCCUACAGGCUCCGUUCCAGUUUGGAUGGAGGAUUUAGUACAGGCUUUGCUCGAUGUAGAAGACAUGAAUGUGGUUGUUGUUGAUUGGAAUCGAGGAGCUACAACUGUAAUAUACAACCAUGCCUCUAGUAAGACCAGAAAAGUAGCAAUAGUCUUGAAGGGAUUUAUCGACCAGAUGUUGGUACAAGGAGCUUCUCUUGACGACAUUUAUAUGAUUGGAGUAAGUCUAGGAGCCCACAUAGCCGGGUUUGUUGGAAAGAUGUACAAUGGGCAGCUGGGGAGAAUUACAGGUCUCGACCCUGCGGGCCCUUUAUUCAAUGGGAGACCUCCUGAGGACAGAUUAGAUCCUGGUGAUGCGCAGUUCGUUGACGUCAUCCAUUCCGACAUUGACGCCCUGGGCUACAAGGAGCCAUUAGGAAACAUAGACUUCUACCCAAAUGGAGGAUUGGAUCAACCCGGUUGUCCCAAAACAAUAUUGGGAGGAUUGCGGUAUUUUAAGUGUGACCACCAGAGGUCUGUGUACCUGUACCUUUCUUCUCUGAGAGAGAACUGUUUUAUCACCGCGUAUCCCUGUGACUCCUACCGGGAUUAUAGAAACGGCAAGUGUAUCAACUGUGGUAUACCACAAAAGGAGUCCUGUCCCCUCCUGGGCUAUUAUGCUGAUAAUUGGAAAGAGUAUUUAAAGCAGAAAGACCCUCCUAUGACUAAAGCGUUUUUUGACACAGCUGAGGAGGAACCAUACUGCAUAUAUCAUUACUUUGUGGAUAUUAUAACUUGGAACAAGAGCAUAAGAAGAGGGUCCAUUACAAUCAAAUUGAGAGACAGAGAUGGAACCAUCACAGAAUCCAAAAUCAAUCAUGAACCUGCAGUAUUUCAGAAAUACCACCAAGUGAGUCUGCUUGCAAGAUUUAAUCAAGACUUGGAUAAAGUGGCGAACAUUUCCUUGGUGUUCUCUACCGGAUCUGUUAUAGGCCCCAAGUACAAGCUCAGGAUUCUCCGCAUGAAGUUAAGGUCACUUGCCCACCCAGAGAGGCCCCAGUUGUGCCGGUAUGAUCUUGUGCUGAUGGAGAACAUGGAGAUGGUCUUCCAACCCAUCCUGUGCCCCAACUUGCUGAUGUAACUGUUGCUGGGACACUCGGGCACCAGUAACGUCAAGAAAGCUACAACUGUAGGCUUUUUUUAAAGCGUCACCUCACCUUUUCCUCAAGGCACAAAAAAGUAUGGGUGCUUUUCCAGCAGUGUCCCAUGGAUGUCACAUUGCAAAAUGUCAAACGACCUUGGAUUAUGGAACGGUCCUGGGAGGGGAGCCCCUAAGUAGGGCAAGUCAGAAAUAGCCAGGCUCCCAAGAGCCCAGCGCCUCUCUGGCUGCGUCCUGGGGCCUCUUUGUCCUGGCCUGUCGACUCUGCUGCCAGUCAUUCGGGCAGCUCUGCUCAGCGCUGUGGCUGGUCAAGCAUCUGGAAGGGAAGGACUGGCUGGAGACCUCACUUCGGACUCGACCCCGCACUCCCUGUGCCAAACUCCUCCAGGUCCUUGCACAUAGGAAGGAAUGGAGGCUGACCUACCUCACAGGGCUGUCGUGUGGGUUUGGGGGCAAGUCUGUGAAGGGUUCUUGGAAAUCCCGGUGCCACAUCAGUGAGUGGUUUGAUAAAUGUGAAUAUGCUUUUAUUUAUUUUGAUAGGGCUGAUGUAAUAUACAAUAAGAGAGCUUGUCCUCCUCAACAGCAGCCUGUCUCUUGAGCUGUUCGCUCUGGGAAGACAGGAAAGCCACACCCCGCUCUAAAGUGGGUUGGUGCGUGGAGGCAGUGGGGACACAGGGACAGCACGGGGGUGGGGGCAGCUGCUGGGACUAGACAGUAAGCGCCCGA